CUCUACACAGUAUGGCCGGCGAUAUUAGCUAGCACUCGCUAACGGUAUUCUCUGCAAAAGGGAAGACGGUAACUCAAGAAAAUCAACACCCGGAUUGCUUAAAGGACUGUACCUCAAUAAAUUAUAACGGAUCGAGGAAGGUUUCAUUAAGCUGUAAACGUUAUAACCGACGUUUUAUAUUUUUUGUUGGGUGUCUGUUGUCUCAUGAUGGAAGAUAACGGUGCACAUUUCUUCGAGGGGACAGAGAAGCUGUUGGAGGUGUGGUUCUCUCGGCAGGAUGAGACCAAAGGAACCGGGGACCUCCGUACCAUCCCAAGGUUUGAGUGGGACAAACUUUUGGAGAAUGUGCAUUGUUUGAUCAUAAGUGUGACAAAGUCUGACAAGCAGGAAGCUUAUAUACUCAGUGAGAGUAGCAUGUUUGUCUCCAAGAGACGUUUCAUUUUGAAGACGUGCGGAACCACCCUCUUACUGCAAGCACUGGUGCCUCUGCUGGAACUCGCCAGGGAGUACUGCGGUUUCGAUGCCAUCGAGAAUUUCUUCUACUCCCGCAAGAACUUUAUGAAGCCAACCCAUCAAGAGUUCCCUCAUCGAAACUUCCAGGAGGAAGUGGACUUUCUCAGCCAGAUAUUCCCAAAUGGCGCAGCCUACUGUAUGGGACGUUUGAACUCUGACUGCUGGUACCUGUUUACCCUGGACUUACCAGAGUACUGGGAGAACAAGCAUGCGGAUCAGACGCUGGAAGUUCUGAUGAGUGACCUCGAUCCAGCCAUUAUGGACCAGUUCUAUAUGAAAGAUGGUGUUUCUGCAAGUGAUGUCACUCGUAUGAGUGGAAUUCGUGACCUGAUACCAGGUUCUGUGAUCGAUGCCACAAUGUUCAACCCUUGUGGAUACUCAAUGAAUGGAAUGAAGACGGACGGAACUUACUGGACCAUCCACAUCACCCCGGAGCCGGAGUUCUCCUACGUCAGCUUUGAAACCAACCUGUCCCAGACAUCGUACGAUGAUCUGGUCAGGAAGGUGGUGGAGGUGUUCAAGCCAGGAAAAUUUGUGACUACGCUUUUCGUCAAUCAGAGCUCCAAAUGUCGCAGUGUCUUUUCUUCUGCCCAGAAACUCGAGGGCUACAAGCGUCUCGACCGCCAGUUGGCUCAAUUCAACGACUACAAUUUUGUCUUCACAAGUUACGCCCAGAACCGCCAGCAGAACCAGCAGAGCUGAGGGUUGAGAAUGAAGAAGAGGCGUAAAAAGAAAGGCAGCCGCUCGGGGCUCUCCCCCUGCGGCUGGCUUCACCCCCCAGUAGAGAGCUUGUUGUCCUCCUGCCCCCCUCUCUACCCCCUCCUCUUCCCCUCCCUCUGCUGCCGUCGUCGUUCAGAAUCUCCCGGUGCUGACGCGGUUGCGAGCCCUAGUUUAACCUCCAGUUUGAGUUGUUUGCAUUGUUGUACCUGUGACUUAGAUCUCUUGCAUGACGGCUCUUUUCUCUGUUUCGAUAUUCUAGCUCACUCUUGCUGUGAUCUUGAAGUGCAUGUAGAGGAAUUAAACACGCUCUGUUUGAGGCUGUCCACCUCUACCCAGUACAACGGUCCCUUCCUGCAGGUGUCCCCCCUCAUCCCCCACAGACAAGGCUUCCGCCCACACUAGGCCAGGGCCCUGACAUGCUCAGAUCAGUCUGCCCCUUAAUCAGCUCAACUCAGCUUGUCUAUUAAAAUUCUCCACCUAAUAUGACAAUUGGUAUUUAUGAAUCGCAACCAGUUCUUCAGCGCACUUAAAAACCUGUUUACUCAUGGUAAAAGAAGACAUUUUGUCUCAAGUUUCAUUGAAUGUAUAAGUCGUGGUAAGCUUUUGGCCAUUCCAAACAUCGUCGGGACAUUUUUUUGAAGUUUCUCUGAAAACGAAUGCCAUACUUGAUGUUUAAUGUCGCACUAUUGGAUAAAAUGUUUUCAUUGGUCAAUGGGCUCUUUGGUUGCUGUAAACUGCACUUAAGCAAAAUACUUCCUGCUUUUGCUGGGCUUCGAAGCUGACCUGCAUUCAUCCAUUUGUGCUCCUCCACCUCGACAAUCACCUACUGUAGUCUUGUUUCCCCCAAAUAGACAGCCUUUAAAGUUGUAUGCCUGGAAAUCUAUUUAUGAAUCCUUAUUGUUAUAGCGGGCUGUGUCUAUAGGAAGGUUCUAUCCUAUACACACCCGUCAUAUUCAGCACUCUUAAUUUUCCACAUUUACAUGAAUUUAAAUGGAAAAUGUUCAAACUGAAUGUAGCACUAGCAGUGUAAAGCAGCGGCCUGCCCGCCCCCGCCCCCCCCUCCUGUCUUUCGAAUGUACACAUCUCUAGAGAAAAGCCUGGACCGGGUUUGAGCUGAAUGUACGACUCCAGGAGAGCACACCCCCACCCUCCUCUUCCCACACACAUGCACACACAGCGUUCACAAUGACCUCUGUCGACCAGCCAUUGUCCAGCUCGCUGCAGGUCUCGCCCUGCCAGAGUCAGACUGUCAGCUGGCCCCAGAACCGUGACAUGACGAGAGCUGGCCCUCCUGGCUGCGCCCGCUUUGAAUGGGAAAUAAUGAAUCAGACACUUUUUGCUUAGUUGCCCAGCAAAGCAUUUUUCUUCUUCCCACAUAAUAUCUAUCCUCUCUCUGACUCUUUCCGCCCCAUACAGAAAUCUGUAGGCACACAAUAGAGGCCCACCAGUCUGAGCAUGCCAGGGGGAUCCCGGAUCAUUCCACAUGUAACUGCUGCAUAAACUGCCAUUUUAUUAAAUUUAUUGUGCCCAGACAUUUUUUGCAGUGAAUUGGUCGAAAAUGUGACACCCAUAGCAGUUUUUCUUUUUGUUUGGAUCAAUGCCCUUUUUGUUUGUUGAGGGGGGGAAAAUCCUGUGACACCAUGGUGCAUGUGACUACUAGUGCCGUGUUGCUUGACAGUGUAAUGUAGCGCCGUCUCUUCCUCCUUUUGUCAGUAGGUCUGUGCUUCACCUUCCUCUUGUUUUACCAGCUGAAAGUGUAGUUGCAACUACCACAUCCUGAUGUGUUUUGGAUAGGCGGGGACUCUUUCCUUUAGGGGCUGGGUCAACAUGUAAUCUUAUUUCAAGUGCUGAAUGCAGGUUAGGUUUCUUAUUUAUUACUUCAUGAAACGUUUGUCAGACGCCCAAUGUUUGUUCUCUCUGCCUGCCUGACUUCAGUAGCGUUCACAGUGCUUCUCCUGCCAGAGAAUGCAGUUUGAAUUGGGGGGAAGACGCGGCGGGAAUCUAACCUGCUUUCAGCCCUUUUCUUUGAUCUGCGAUGAUUGCAUCAGCACCUGUAACAGUGCAUUAAUCACCUAAGGCAUCUGUGAGCCAGUUGGAACAGUUCAUCUUAGAAUGAGCAGUGAAGUUGACACUUGGAAUAGUUUCUCUCUAGUUUGUCUAUCAUGGCGUUUUGGAGUGGUUUCAUUCUUUUCCUGAGGACCAAUUUUCUGCUCUUGCAUGAACUACUUUCAACUUGCUGUCAAAUGACUUGGGUGAUCUGCCGUGACUGUAAUGGGUCCUUUUUUUUUUUUUAAAAAAAAUAAAUAAAAAGUCGCUCAUUUAGGGGAUUUAAACUGUAAAAAAAAAAAAUAAUAAUAAUUUAAAAAUACUGAAGCAGUUUAAUGCUGACUGUUCCUAAAGUACAUUUUAGCCUUGUUGGUGUGAAUCAUUGCUAUUUUGUUUUAUAUUUUAUACAGUGAACUCAAAAUGCAUUUUUGCAGUUGAAUGGUAAUAGAAUUUUAUACAAAAAAUAUUUUGUAUUUUGCUGCGGACCAAUAUAUAUAUAUAUAUAAUUUUUUUUUUUUUUUUUUUUUUUUUCCCCCCCCUCUUGUCCAAAUGUUUUGUUGAACUAGUGUUCAAAGCAAGUGUGUUAAGGGAUGACCUUUUCAAAGCUGACUAAAUCAUGUUUUUAUUUCACUUUCCCUUCCUCUGUGACUCUUCUGAAAUAUUCCAGCGGAAGGGGAAGUAAAAGCCUCCCCUGGGUGACAUGGGCACAGUUGCAGGAUCUAUCAGGAUGUACUGAAGGAGAAACUUUGCUGUUCUAAUUCUUUCUUUUGCUGUUCUUUGGAUGGUCAAGAUGUGCUAAAUAUAUCUGUGCUAUGAGCUUGAUGCUUCAAUAAAAAAAGAUACUUAUCCGUG